UAGGAUAUAUUUUAUAUAAUUAAAAAUGAACAACACUGGCACAAGAUCUCGCUCCAAGAACAGAGAAAAUAAUUUAGAAUCCCAAAACUCAAAUUCACUGGACAUGCCUUUUAAUUCUGAACGAGAUAUAAACAGUACCAGGACACCAACUUCGAAAAUGCACUGGUGGUAUGAAGACAGGUCCAGUGUCCUACUUUUGCUGUUCCUGUAUGUUCUGCAGGGAAUUCCUCUUGGACUAGCUGGCAGUAUUCCAAUGCUAUUAGCGUCGAAAAGUGUAGACUACAAGCAGCAAGCUCUCUUCAGUUUUGUGUUUUGGCCAUUUAGUAUAAAGCUGUUGUGGGCACCUAUAGUAGAUGGAGCUUAUAUACAAAGUAUUGGAAGACGAAAAACAUGGCUAGUUCCAACUCAAUACGUGAUUGGUACAAUCAUGUUCAUUCUCUCAUACAAAUUAGACGCCAUAAUGGGAGGUCCUGAACCUGAUGUAUGGAAUCUUACAGUUUGCUUUUUUAUUUUAAACUUUUGCGCCGCCACACAAGAUAUUGCAGUCGAUGGAUGGGCACUUACAAUGUUGUCUAAGAAAAAUGUUGGACUUGCUUCAACUUGUAACUCAGUGGGACAGACUGCAGGUUAUUUCCUUGGUUAUGUUGUUUUCCUUGCAUUGGAAUCUGCAGACUUUUGUAACAAGUAUUUUAGAUCGGCAGAUUCUCAUAAAGAGGAAGGUCUUGUUAAUUUAUCUGGGUUUAUGUACUUCUGGGCAAUUGUGUUUAUUAUAACCACCACGCUAGUAAUGAUAUUUAAGAAAGAAGAUGCUCAAAAUACAUCAGAAAUAAACGAUACUGCUUCAAAAGGUGUUGUGUCUACUUACAAGUUGCUUUUUAAGAUCAUUUGUUUGCCAAACGUGCUUCAAUAUGUUGUUAUCUUAUUAACAGCAAAGAUUGGUUUUGCAUCUGAAUCAAUAGUUGCAUUGAAGCUAAUAGAAUGUGGAAUACACAAAGAAACUUUAGCUUUGCUUGCAAUACCCCUUACACCAUUACAAAUUGCCCUACCUGUUAUCAUUGCAAAAUAUACCUCAGGCCCACGACCAUUGGACAUUUUUCUGAAAGCAAUUCGUUAUAGGCUCAUUUUUACCUUGUUGUUUGCUGCAUUUGUUCAUUACACUCCUUCAUUUAAGCUGGAAGAUGGUACAUUCCCAUAUUAUUAUUUUGCUGCAGUGCUAAUUAUGUAUUGUUUCCACCAGGUUACAUUGUACAGUAUGUUUGUAGCAGUAAUGGCAUUCAAUGCUAAAAUUAGUGACCCUCAUAUUGGUGGAACAUAUAUGACUUUACUCAACACAGUUGCAAAUCUAGGAGGUAACUGGCCAAGUACAUUAGCACUCUGGUAUGUUGAUGCUUUAACAACAACUAACUGUGUUGGAGGAACUUCAAAUCUUGUUUAUUGUAGCAAGGAGGAUAAAGCAGUUUGUGAAACAGCUGGUGGUUUGUGUGUUACCACGGUUGAUGGUUAUUAUGUGGAAGCGGUUCUAUGUCUUAUACUUGGCAUUCUAUGGUUGAUAUGGAAGUCAGAUUCAACUCGUAAAUUACAAAAUGUUGAUCCAGAAAGAUGGCGUUGUCCAAGAUGAUGAAUUGUAUUUUAACUGAAACUGUUUACACUUCAGUGUAGAUUUUAUAGAAAGCAAAAUAGUAAACAAGUAAAUAGCAAAAUGUGGAAUAUUUGUUUAAUAUUUUACGUUUCAACAUUUAACCUGCAUUGCAGUGUAUAAUGUUCACUGCAAAAUAUUUUUUGUGCUGCAAAUGUUUCAGCUAACAUUUUUAUUUAAAUUUUUGGUGAGCCUAUUGCAAUAAAAGGUAAAUGCAGCAUCAGUGUAUGUUGUACAAAUCCCCUGCCUUUGAUGUAUGGUGUGACUUCCAUGACAAUUUAAUACCAAGUGAUAUUUUUUACUAUGCACUGCCCAUGUGUAUGAAGUUAAGAUUUGUUGUGUUUGAGCUGCUAGAAUACCUGUUUUCAUGUCCUUAACGUUUAGUGCAAUGUUUUUAAAGCUUUGGCACUGUUUCAACAAAAGAAGAAUUUAAGUUUUUGUUCUUAUUAGUGAUAAAGUUGUUACAUAGUAUUGUUCCAAUUUUAUAUUUGCAUAAUAAAAGGGUGUGGGAAUAUACACA